UCGAAGAACUAAAAUCGGUAUGGAUCAGGAGAGAACUAGUAGUGGUGAUAUGAGUGCUGCAGAUCAAGAUAAAAUAGAUGAAGUGAUGCUGCCGGGGUUUCGUUUUCACCCUACAGAUGAGGAGCUUGUUGGGUUUUAUCUCAAGAGAAAGAUCCAGCAACGCCCUCUCUCGAUUGAGCUCAUAAAGCAACUCGACAUCUAUAAAUUCGAUCCAUGGGAUCUUCCAAAACUGGCCGCUAGUGGGGAGAAGGAGUGGUAUUUCUACUGUCCGAGGGACAGGAAAUACAGAAACAGCACGAGGCCUAACAGGGUCACCGGAGCCGGGUUCUGGAAAGCCACGGGUACCGACCGGCCCAUUUACUCGUCGGAAGGUAACUCCAACAAGUGUAUUGGGUUGAAGAAGUCCCUUGUUUUCUACAAAGGUAGAGCUGCCAAAGGGGUCAAAACCGACUGGAUGAUGCAUGAGUUUCGGUUACCUUCUCUCACCGAUUCCUCAGUACUCCCACCAAAGAGAUCCUUCAUGGACAAAAUCGCCAUUCCCGCAAAUGACUCAUGGGCAAUAUGCAGGAUAUUCAAGAAAACAAAUUCGAGUGCCCAUCAAAGAGCCAUUUCUCAUCAUUCUUGGGUGUCUCAAACCUUGCCUGAACCAAACACAUUUCAAGAUCAAGUGUUAGCCAGCUCCAGAUUGGGAGCACAAACCACUAGCACUACUCAGUAUUGUGGUAACAAUAUUGAUACGACGCAGAUCUCAACUUCCACCAUAACCAAUACUCUUUCCCCAGUAGAUUAUUAUGCUAAUAAUUCCUACAAAACCUUAAACCCAUCAAUCGCUUGCAGUCUUAAACCCUAUCAUCAGUACUUCCCCAUUUCCAACGGCGCCGGAGACUACUUUAACCCUAAUUUCACAUUUUCACCUCUGGAAAAUCCGGCAGCCAAAUGUUCCCUGGAUGUUUCGUCCUUGUUGUUAAACAUGUCGUCUCCGGUGCUUGGAGAUUUCGGAACCAAACUGGCCUCGGCUGAGAGUAGUUCUACUUUCGACUUUAGCAGUACUACGGGUUCUCAGGAGCAACAGUGUAACAAUGGCUUCUCCUCAUCGUUGACGACAUUACCACACCAUGACGUGAUGCAAGGCAACCAGCUUGGUGCUGUUGGGAGUCAUGAUCACAGUAUCGAUGCCUUGAUGAAGAAUAUAACGAAUCAUGUGAACUCGAACGCGACAGAGACAGAUGACCAUGAACACUGGGAGAGUAGUCUGCGAUCAUCGAUUCGAUUUCCGUUCAUGAGUAGUUUACCACUAAUGCCCCUGAAUAUAGGAGGUGGGGAUGCAUGGAAGUCUAACUUGACGUGGGACUCUUCACCAUGUCCGAGUGAAAUGUCCACUACUAGAUGCUAUUCUUAGUUUUU